AUGUCACCGCCGCAUAUAAUACCGCAUGUCGCCGUGAUCGGCGCCGGAAUGGCGGGUCUGCGCUGCUCGACAGUGCUCGCACGCAGCGGAUUUAAGGUCACCAUCCUGGAGGCGCGCAACCGCAUCGGCGGGCGUGUCCACCAGCAGAGCUCAGGAGGGCAUCUGGUUGACAUGGGACCAAACUGGAUCCACGGCACUAAGGGCAAUCCGAUCCUGACGCUGGCGGAGAAGACGCACACGGCUGUCCUGGAGCCCGAGGAGGACAGCGCGCUGUUUGGCUCGGAUGGGCUGAGGCGUCCAGAGGCCGAAGCCAAGGCACUAUCCGCGAAAAUUUGGGGGUUGAUUGCCGAUGCGUUCAAGUACUCGGAUGAGAACUGGCUCGAUCCGCAAAUGAGCCUGUUUGACUAUAUCAAGGCGAGGCUGGACGAGGAUGACAAGCUGGAGACAAGAAACCGCGUCAACAGGCUGAAGCUCGACAGGAGAGAUCUCCUCCGUCAUGCGGAGAUGUGGGGCCCGUUCAUCGGCGACCCGAUCCAGACCCAGAGCAUGAGGUUCUUCUGGCUCGAGCAGUGCAUCGAGGGCGAGAAUGUCAUUGUGGCGGGCACCUAUCGCAAUAUCCUCGCCGAGGUCGCGAGGCUGGCGCUCGAGCACGAGCAGCGGGACAACGUGGACCUGAGGCUCGACACCGAAGCCGUGCAUUUCGAACUGGCUCGCGACGGUACCGACCGUAAUGACGAGGACAAAGUCACAGUUACCACGGCGGCUGGGGACAAGCUGUCCUUCAACGACAUCGUUCUCACGGCGCCGCUGGGGUGGCUGAAGAGAAACAAAGAUUCGGCAUUUACACCGGCCCUCCCGUCGGGGCUGUCCCAGGCGAUCGAUAACAUCAACUACGGUCGCCUUGAGAAGCUGUACGUCACAUUUCCAUCCGCGUUCUGGCUCGGUGAGGGUGGGCGCGACACAUCACGUCACCCUAUCUUCACGCAGUUUCACAGCCCGAACUACGUAGAGCACCCAGAAGGUGCGUCAUGGAACCAAGAGAUUGUGUCACUUGCUCAUCUGCCCGGUCCCAACGCGCAUCCGACGCUGUUGUUUUAUAUCUACGGGCCUUGCGCGACAUGGGUGGUCGAGCAGGUCACGAAUCUCACGCCGCAUUCUGACACCUACAAUGCUGUGCUUGCGAAGUUCGCGGAACCAUUCUACAGUCGUUUGCCGAAUUACUCUCCCAGCACGAAUGCGGCGUGCAUACCGAAAUCGUUCCUGAUGACGCAGUGGCAGAACGACAAAUUCGCGGGGAACGGCAGCUACUGUAACUUCCAAGUCGAUCUGGAACAUGGGGAUAAAGAUAUAUUGGCGAUGCGGUGGUCAUGUGGAAUGGGCGCUGAAAAGGGCCUGUGGUUGGCAGGCGAGCAUACGGCGCCGUUCAUUGCGUUGGGGACAACGACCGGUGCGUAUUGGAGUGGCGAGGGAGUUGCUACUGACAUUUGUGAACGCUACGGGAUUGCGAAGGCAGAGGACUCUUGUGAGGUUGAGCAACAGGGGCAAAAGAAGGAUGUUACUUCAGCGAAGGAGAACGGAGAUGCAGCAAACUUGAACGGUUUAGCUCUCUGA